AUGGGCAGCGGCAGCGGCGGCGGCGGUAGCAGCUCGUCAUCGUCCUCGGUCGACAAAAACAUCACAAGGAAGGCGUUUGGUAUACUCAUCUUCCCGAUCAUCAUACUCGGCGUGUAUGCGGCGAUAAUCCCGCUGACGAGCGGGAUCUUCAAGUACACGAUAGGCGCGGUGGAGUACGAUAUCGGGACGCAAGGAUAUACAGUCAACGGGGUGCAAGCCAUUGCUUCGAGACAAUUCGACUACCCAACGCCCGAGACCUGGCCGCAACCGAUCCGCGGAUUGCCCAAACUGCUCGUCGCUCACCUAGCAGCGGUCUGCGUCCUCGGAGCGUGUAUAAUCAUAUACAUUACCCAUAUGCUCACCCUUUAUUACAACGGUACGCCAGUGCAACGUCAACAAGAUCCAAAGCGGGGGCUCAGGGCCAUCACUCCCAGCGCGCAGCAAAAGGGCGGCAUGUUCUGGAUAACCCUGCUUGUCUGUGGGAUGGUCCUAGCACUCGGUAUAGCGAAUCUCGCCUUGGUCCAGGAUAGCUGGAAGGCGGCAGAUGCAACGGGAACCUUCUGGCCCUCGAGCCUAGGCUGGGCCUUGGGCAUUGUUGGUGGGCUUUUCGCCGCUUUCUGGCUGGCCAUGAUCAUCGUUUACCGCUAUGUGUACCGCGACAAGGUCGCGGAGGCGCAGCCAAAGAAGAAGUAG